AUGAUCCUUUUCAUAGAGAAAGGAAUUCGAGGCGGAAUAUCUGUUUGUUGCAAUAGAUAUUCAGAGGCUAACAAUAAGUAUAUGCCUGAAUAUGAUGCCUCCGAUACCACAAAAUCUCUUUUAUACCUUGAUGUUAACAAUUUGUAUGGAUGGGCAAUGGCUCAGCCAUUACCUCUUGAAGGGUUCGAAUGGGCUGACACUGCCAUUGAUGUAACAAGUGUUCUCGAUGAUUCCCCAAUAGGAUAUAUUUUACAAGUUGACUUAGAGUAUCCUGAAGUAUUACAUGAUUUACACAAAGAUUUUCCUUUUUGUGCAGAGCAUCGUGUUUCACCAGCAUCAGAAUUGUCAAAGUUAAUGGCCAAUCUAUAUAACAAAAAGGAAUAUAUUCAUCAUUCUUCAAAUUGA